AUUUUACCAGUGCUCAUGUUUGGGUUGAAAAUUGGGGUUAUUAUAAUUCGAGUGAUCCAAGUGAAGAAAAUUAUCAAAAAGCUGAAAAUUUUAUGAUUGAAUUUCUUGAGAAUACUAGUGAUUGGUCCACUAACAUAUCAAAUAAACCGAUUUUAUUAGGAGAAUUUGGCAUGGCAAGAGAUGGAUGGAAAGAUAUUUCAAAAUAUGAUCCACGUGCCACAACAAAAAAUAAGGAUAGAUAUUUCAAAGCAAUUGCUGAUAAGGUUUUGCAAUUAGAAAAACAAAAAAGAUUUUCAGGUCUUGCAUUUUGGGCAUUUGCUGGAUUAGCCAGACCAACUGAUUCAAUACCACAAUGGUUAGGUGAUCCACCGCAUGAACCCCCAGGAUGGUAUUCUGUCUACGAUACUGACCAAAGUACAUUAAAUAUUUUUGCCGAACAUGCUCGUAAUGUUGAUUUGAUUGAAUGA